AUGGAGUAUCUUGCCUUCCAAUGGAUGUUCAAACCCUGCAUCAACAGUAGCCCUCAAGAGUUCUGGCUUCAACAAGAAAUCCUUGAAUCCAGAGCUAUGAAUCCCUACAUAUUCAUAAAAAAUCUCCAGCCGACCGUGCAUCUUGCCCUGGACCAGUUCCUCGACAGAAGAGAGUAUGUCCUAAGUCCAAUUGACGACUACGUCGGUGUGUCCGUGGAUCGCAGGUUGGCUAAAUGCAUCUUGACUGCAAUUACAUCUCCGUCCUCCUCUGUCGCCAAACCUAGUGACGAGCUGAAGCGCCCAUGUGAGCAUGAGAGGCUGGCAAUCGAGUUUUGCUACGAGAUUGGGCCACACGUUGGAGGGUCGAAAACUGCCCAUUCGUGUAUUGGUGACAAAUUCAAUGGGUUGCUUUCAUACGAGCUUCUCUCUCCUUUAAAUGCUCCAGCAGUCGAACAGCUUCAACGAGCUCCUCUUGCGCACUUGGACCGUUACUGA